GAGAGAGAGAGACAGAGUUGGAGGAAGUGGCGCGGCCUGCUAGUGGGCGGGGCCCGGGCGACCGGGCGGGGCCGCCCCCUCGAGUCAGCUGGGGCUGCCAGAGGACCGCGGAGCCCAGUCGACUCCUGUCGAAUCGUGGAGCCGUAACAGCGGGAAAACUGGCUGGGUCGUCAGUGGGCGUGAUGGAAGACGCAGAGAAAGGCGUCCGCGGUAAGCGGGAGACGGUCAAGAUCGGAGAGGGCCCUGACGUGGGCCUUGGGCUAUGUGGUUGGAUCCUGGUCAUCUUUUCGUUCUUCUUAGUCGUUGUGACUUGCCCAAUAUCCAUCUGGUUGUGCAUCAAGAUUGUCAAGGAAUAUGAGCGGGCCAUCAUCUUUAGGCUUGGGCGUAUCCUCAGAGGAGGUGCAAAAGGGCCGGGCCUGUUCUUUGUCUUGCCUUGCACGGACAACAUCAUCAAAGUGGACAUGAGGACCAUAUCAUUCGAUAUACCGCCACAGGAAAUUCUUACCAAAGACUCAGUGACAGUGAACGUAGAUGGCGUGGUUUAUUACCGAGUUCAGAAUGCCACCCUGGCUGUCGCAAACAUCACCAAUGCAGACUCAGCUACGCGGCUCCUGGCUCAGACCACCUUGAGGAACGUGCUGGGGACCAAGAACCUCGCUCAGAUCCUCUCCGACCGGGAAGAGAUUGCACACAGCAUGCAGGCCACGCUAGAUGAUGCCACAGACGACUGGGGCAUCAAGGUGGAGCGAGUGGAGAUCAAGGACGUCAAGCUGCCCCUCCAGCUCCAGAGAGCCAUGGCCGCUGAAGCAGAAGCCACCCGCGAAGCGAGAGCCAAGGUCAUUGCGGCGGAGGGUGAAAUGAAUGCCUCCAGGGCCCUGAAAGAAGCUUCCAUGGUCAUCACAGAGUCUCCCGCGGCCCUUCAGCUUCGCUACCUGCAGACCCUGACCACCAUCGCGGCCGAGAAGAACUCCACCAUUGUCUUCCCGCUGCCCAUAGACAUGCUGCAAGGCAUUGUGGGAAUGAAGCGCUGAGGGUGCCGAUGGCAGGAACGCGGGGCUCUUUCACGGGAAGCUUGACGUAUGGAAAAGCACGAGGCAGCGUUGGAGAGAGAAGCGGUUAUUUCAGCGUAAGGGUCACGUCUGUAUCUUGUGACCAUCAGCAGCUCAGUUCCUUUUUGCCAUUCAGCUGAACAAAGUUUUACUUUCAAACUUGGGCUGCCUCUUCCGAAGCCUCAUUCUUUAUUUUGGUUUAUUUUUUCCCCCUGUGACAUUUGAAAUGCCCUGAAUCUCCCAGGAAUUUGGAGGGAGUCAGGGCUGAGGAGUUUCUCAGCUACUCUAUGGAGCAAGAGGUUGCCUUUUUAAAAAUAUGAUAAGCAUAGUAAUGUUUUUUCCCUCCUCUCUCCUGGGAAACUACUUCUUGUCAGAGAGCUAGCAGCGGAACUUUCCACUGCUGCCUUGCUGCAACAGAAGGGAAGGAAUCAACACACUGUAGUUAUGGAGACCAUAUGCUUGUAGCCUAACGCUGUUCAGAGUUUCUUUUUACAGGUGUGCUUGCCUUGCUUCCAAACUAAAACAAUUACUUUUGCAAACACUUUCAAAAUGCCUCUGUAUCGGCCUUCGAUUUGCACUUUGUAUUUAAAAAAAAAACCCUAAUUUUUUGAUGAUUACCCAUCUUCUGCUUUUGUCUUUAAAAAUGUGAUCAACAGAAAGUUUGAACAUUGUCUAGCCAGAAGACUCAUACUGGUGCCUGUCAGUCUUUAAGAAUACUUUUGUUUUGCCUUUAAUUUUUUCAGGAAAGUUAAUUAGCUGAACUUUUAUGUUAAACUGGGUGAUCAGCCACAUAAUACUCCUUUUAAUCUCUGGUUUUUGCCAAAAGCCAGAGUUGAUGCCUUUCCCCUGCGUAUCUGUGUAUUUGCAUAUUCAGUUUUGUAAAUUUUGUAUCCAAAUGUGAAUCCAAUCGGUAGAUAUGAUUUCUGCCAGGCUGCAUUGAUGUUCGCUGUGGUAUUUCAAGUAUUAGCAUUGUGUGUUAGCUUUAAUAACAGAAAAUGUUUGUGAGAAGGGAUGGCUGCCUUGCCAUUAUGACUUGUAUCACAAGGACAGCUGGACCGUGCCACUUCAGGUAGUGGCUUUUGCUUCUGAAUGCUCCUCCACAAAAAAUGCUCCCUGCCUGCAGAAAACUAGCAUGGCAAGGUUUUUCUCCCAGUGCUUUGCUCGUCAUGCUGGCUUUCUAUUUGCAGGGAGUCUUUGAUGCAGGGCAUUAAAAAAGGGGAGAUCACCCACCUACAGCCUGAAGUGUUGAAUUCAUUCUCCCACAUCAUUCUGCUGCUUUGUGUACACCAGGAAUGAGAAUGUGUACACCAGGAAUACAGGAAUGCCAGUACUGACAACAGUCGGAGAAGAUGGGACUUGUAGUCUGGCAACAUCUUGAAAGCAGAAGGUUCCCUGUCUCUGGUGUAGGCCUUCCAUCUCUCCCUGCAAUCCUGGAAAAAAGUACCCAAUACAUACCGCAAAUUAUAUUAGAAAGCUUCCAUUGCCACUAAUGGGAGCUUUUUCAACCUUUCACUGGCACCAGUGGGAGCUUUUCCCCAUCACUAUUUGCAGUAACAAUAGCACUGUAGUCCAGCAACAUCUGGAGGGCCACAGGUUUCCCAUUCCUAGUCUAGACCAAGCAGAGGCAAGGGAUGGUGCAGAUCUCAAAAGCCCUCUCAUUCCCUUUGUCCAGCACUUCCACUCAGGAUGGCAGAAUCGGACUGACUUUCCCCUCCCUCAAAAGAAAGCGAAAUGCAACUUUUGCAAAAGACCCAUCCACCAGAAGUGCAUUUAAUAUUGUGUGUGCAAAUGCUUGUUUUGACCUCUCUUCCUCUCCCACCCCUCCCAAUAUGUACGCGAAGGGUGGCUGAAUUCUAAAAUGUGUCCUCAUUCACAUGAUUAUUGUCUUUUUUAAUAAAAAAAAGUGUUUAUUUAA